AUGAGUGUCCUCCAGUGUCUUGAUGACUGGCUGAUUUGGCGAAUCGUCAGUGCCGUCGAUCCCAGAGACUGGCAGCUCCUGUCGACCACUUGCCGGUCCGUCUGCAACUUCGUGCUGGCCUUUCUUCGUGGUCUGCCUAUUCUGGACCUGUCAGGCAUCGGCAACGUCAAUCUGAAGCAACUGGUAUGUGCUUGCCCAAACCUUGAGGAGCUGUGCUUGAACACCCUGCUGAUUCGAAGCCGAUCCCUGACGUAUCUGUCGAGCCUAUCGAAGCUGCAAGAGUUGCAGCUGCGCGAGUGUCCGCUUCUGACGGAUGCGGCACUGCACUCGAUCUUCAGCGGCCUGGAGCUUCAAGUGCUGGAUGUAAGCUGGGCAGCCGAGUUCAGCGAUGCACCCUGGGGCAAUGCGCCAGCAUCGUUGCGUGAGUUUCGCGGGGUUGGUUGUGAACAUCUGACAGAGAGGGUAGUGGUACAUCUCUCAAAGAGGUGUCCGCAUCUCACAGUGCUCCACUCCUCUCGCCAUAUCAAUUGGAUCGGAGCGGCACGUCCAGAGCUGUUGGCUUCCCUGGUUGACAUGCAACAUCUGCAAGACGUCGCUUUUCAAGACAUACCGCUGGAUGAUGACCUCCUCUACACACUGGCUUGCUUGCCCUCCUUGUCCAGGCUUGAACUCUGGUCGUACAACAGCGAUCAGUACAUCACCGAUGCUGGCGUGAUAUGCCUCGCUGAACACCUCCGCAAGUCUCUCACCAAGUUGAGCUUGGACUCCUUCGUCUUCCAUGGGACAGGGGUUCUGGCUGCGCUGUCAAGCUGCUCGCUCCAAGAGCUCCUGCUGGAGGGUACUUCGCAGUGCCACAUGGGUUGCAUCGACGGCGUGGAGCUUCCACCCAGCCUGGUGAAGCUGCGGCUGGCAAAUUGUGGCUUGGCCGGGGUCAUGGACCUCUCUCGUGCAGCUGCACUCGAGUACCUUUGGCUUUUCGACAACCCCGGACUUCAGGGAGUGCAGGGGGCUGGGCAGCAGCUGAAGACCUUGAACCUGGGAUCCACCGGUUGCAGAAGCAUCGAAGGCUUUCGUUUCGAUGGCUUGGAUCUUCUGGAUGUUUCUUCCACCUUGAUUUCGGAAAGAGUUUUCGAGGCCGUCCUGCUGGCAGCUCCCCUGAUCACUCGAGCGGUUCUCGGAAGCAACGUUCUCCCGCUGCCCUUGCUGAUGGCCUUCUUGCAACAGGCAACACACCUCAGGAAUUUAAGCCUUGUCGGUGCCGAGGGAAGUGGGCUCGCUACUCUGGCCAGCUUUCUGUGGGAAACUCGUUCGAACAGCUCUGGCGUAGCUUCGGGGCUGGAACUACUGGAGAUCUCGGAGGAUUCGUGUGCCAUGUUGGCCGAAUGGCUUACUAUGGAGCUGGAUCACAUGGUGCUCAAGAGAAGCAGCAAAGACAUCCGUAUAUGGAUCAUCGAGCAGCACGAGCACAGCAGUCCAUAUGGCAGGAUUGAUGGGGCUGAUGUGAGCUGCAUGGCCAGUUUGUACAGACAUGGCGGCGACUUCUGCAACUUGCACUUCGACGAGUACUCCAUUGCUGACGGCAAGAUAGACUUCAGCUUUGGAUUCACGUUUGGGGAGGAUCGCCAGCUCGUUUUCGAGCACCGUGAAGGCCACAAGGUGCAGUUCGCUCUUCCGCAGCGGAAUGGCGACGUCCAUGCUUUUGGCGAGGGAACCAAUGGCCGCUGGCGGCACGGAGUUCCACCCUCCCUGGAGUGCAAUGGCCCGAGCAUCUGCGUCAAUGUUUGGGGAUCCCGAGGCCACGAGGAGUUCGACAUGCCCGUCUCCCUCAGAGGUCGGUUUCCUCGGAUACAAUUUCAAGAUCCAGCUGCCGCUUCGCAUCCCCGCGAGUGCGAGGCCUGUCAUCGCAUGGCUGAGCUGCAGGGUGGCUUGAAAGACUUGGAUGGCCGCUGGAGUUGCCGGAGCUGCCAGGGCCAGGGUGACCCGGCCCUGGGCCUUAGCUGGCGACCGGCUUCGGCGAAGUCCCCCAAUGAGGCGACGGACUGCCUCACGGUGAAAGGUGCGCAACUGGCCUUGGCCAUCUUGGCUGGACGCCGGAAUUAUCUCUUUCGCAGGGCAAAGUUCCCUGAUGGGUGGUACGCCCUUCACGUCGCCAAGGAGUAUCCAGAUCCAGAGAGUUCCGAAACUCUCCAGCUUCAAGGAGAGUGGCCGUCAGCCCCGGCGGAAGAAGACCUGCCGCACGAGGCUUUCGUUGGCCUGCUCUAUGUGAGAGCUAAAGGCUUCGCGGCGAAAAGCGUGGACUGGAAAGGGGCUUUCCGGAAGUACUAUGUUGCCAAGACGGUGGCAUUGCAGGACCCCUUGCCAGCUCGUUCUCCGGGAAUACCGGAAGAGCCGUGGAGGCUGAGCCCCAUAGCCCGACGUGAAGUAUCAGAGCUGAUCGGGAAGAUUUACGAGCCGCUCCACGGCCUUGGACCGGAUGUUGCGUUGCUUAGCCGCACGGCUGGCGGCCAGCGCAGUCGAACUCAGGAAUGCCAAUGCCGAAAGUUCAUGGACGCACGAGCCGUCCUGGCCAGCCGCCUUAUCCCAGUCCAAAUGGUCGGCCUGGGACUGGGGCGACUCGUGGGACUGGCACGAUCGGGCCUGGAGCGACUGGGCCGACUGGGGCUGGAGGUGGAGUCGGGACAGCUGGCAGGCAGCUAUGAGUUUGCAUGGCGGAUGGCUCGUCGCAGCGCAUUCGGCCGUGCAGUGUUGCUCGUGGGAGCUCUGGCUCUGGUGAGGACGCUCUUUGGAUCCACCGCCUUCACGGGCAUGACUGGCAAGAACAUCUCUUCAGGACCCCAGUGCCAGAUCGUGGUGGCUAGGAAGGUGAGCGAGGGUGACUCGCUCCCAUCGGUGGACGUGGAUGUUAGCAAGCCCGGUGACACGGUGAACGUUGCAGAGCUCUUCAAAGGCAAGAAGGGCGUGCUGUUCGCUGUCCCAGGUGCCUUCACGCCAACUUGCUCCGAGAAGCACCUGCCAGGUUACAUUGAGCAGUCAGAAGAGCUGAAGGCGGCAGGCGCUGAGGUCAUUGCCUGCGUGGCCGUCAACGACCCCUUUGUGAUGAGCUCCUGGGGAAAGCAGCAGGAGGCCGAGGGCAAGGUCACGAUGCUUGCUGACACCAAGUGCGAGCUGACGAAGGCCCUGGACAUGGAGCUGGACGCCACGGCCAAGCUCGGCAACGUUAGGUCACAGCGAUACGCCAUGAUUGUGGACGAUGGCAAGAUCACCAAGCUGGCCACGGGCGACGACUCGUUCGCACCUGACAUCUUGGAAGCCCUCAAGCGCUGA